GGUGCAGCAAGGGGAAAAACUUAACAACCCAAAUCCAGUCGCCUAGAGCCUCCCACAAGUGCACAAGCUUGUCACUUUCCAUCAGUUUACAGAAGAGGGACGUUGCUUUAGCCUUCCCUCUCGCUGCGGAUCAUCCUUCCGGCUUGGUUAUAAAUGCUAAUGUGUCCUAGAGUUUGGUGACGAUGCAUCAAGAGUGAAGGCAACUGAGGAGCCGCGUCCGCAGCUAUGUCCUUCACGCAAGAAAAGCGAUGAGACAGACGCUGAGCGAUGGCCACCUAUCCAGAGAGCUGCCUGGAUGCUACCGUGCUGAACUUCGUUGACCUCUCUCUGGCCUCCCCGAGACACCCUCUUCUCUGCGACUUCCCACCCGGGGUCCCCUUUGGGGACCGAACCCUGGGAUUCGGAGAGGGAAGACCCAGGAGGCUGUCGCGGUUUGAGGAAAGAGACCAGGAAGUAGAGGGGGCAGAAGUGGACUACGAGGACCCCGAGGAGGAGGAAGAGGACGUCGAGGGGCGCGGCCGAGUAGCAUCCUUGCUGGGACGCCCCAAAAGGAAGAGAGUCAUCACUUACGCCCAGCGGCAGGCCGCCAACAUCCGCGAGAGGAAGAGGAUGUUCAACCUGAACGAGGCCUUCGACCAGCUGCGCAGGAAGGUGCCCACCUUCGCUUACGAGAAGAGGCUGUCCAGGAUCGAGACCCUCCGCUUGGCCAUCGUGUACAUUUCCUUCAUGACGGAGCUGCUGCAGAGCAACGAAGAAAAGGAGGCCCGCUGAGCGGGGGAAGGGCAGAGCGGGUAGAAAAGACCCUCCCCCUUGCUUGGCGGGGGGGGGGGGGACGUCUCAAAAGCGGGGGGACCGCUGGCCUUCUGAGCCUGAGCUUGAGAUGGUAAAGCCCCCAAAGCCCCCACUCGUGGCAGCUCUGCGGUGACUAUAUUGGGGAUCAAGCACAGAGGGGUCCAGCUGGGCCAACGGGGAGUCCCAGCGGGCAGGGCCCUAGGGGAGAGCUAGAGGGUCUGACUUGGAGCCCCGAGACACUGGUCCUCUCCUCCACGACCUUCGUAAGCUUCUCUGUGCUCUGUGCUCUCCUCCCUGCUCCUUUCAAAAGUAGAAGUAAUAAAGCAGAACCUUUUCUCUCUCGCAGGACUCCUCGCUGCCCCAUUGCCCUCUCCAGCAGGGGCGCCCCUGUGUGUGGCUGGGCGGGUGAGCCCACGUCAAACAGAGACCGGGCCCGCGGGGCCUCGGUGCAACUGUCUCUGGGUUCCGAAGGCUCUGCUUGGGCUCGGUCCUCUCAGACUAGUUAAGGGGAGCAAAGAGGACGUGACUGGAGCCGAAGCACAGUCAGGGGACUAACUCACAAAAUGCGACCUCUGAGAGUGAUGGUUCUCCCUCCACCAUGGCUUCCCCGCCCUGACCCUGAUUGCAGUGACCCUCGAUUGCUGCCAAGUGCGCCCCUAUCUCGUCCUGAGGCAUGAUGCCUCAGAGUGAAAAGCAGUCCAUUCAGUGAAAGAAAUCGUCAUUCUGCCUUUUGCCCAGGACUGAACUCGGUCUCUGCCGCUCCGGCUCAGAGAGGGAGGGGCGGAGGUGGAGGAAGGCUGCUCCCGCCCCGCGCACUUCCCACACUCCCCAGCCUCUCUGGGGCCUUGGCAUCAGCGCUUCCAGCAGUUGCCUGGGGGAAAGAGCUGGUAUCUCUUAAUAAGCUGUGACCCGGCGCGCCAGUAAAACCGUCUUAAACAGUGGGUGGAAAGUUAUCUCUCAGUCUUAAGCCAUCUAGGAAGGCAAAAAGCCAAAAGAAAGGAUGUUUUCUGGUGCUUUGAAAAUGUCUGCCUGAAGGUGAAGUCGAAGCCGGUUCUUUUGGGAAGCUACCUUCCUCUGUUAUUCCCGGUUUCUUCUUUCUGAGUUACAUGGGAGCACCCGAAGCUGGGUCUUUAUAAGAGAUGUGGUUAAUGGAGGAAAGGAAAUGAGCUGGAGCACGUGAUUGCCAGUCCGUUCACUCCAGUGAUAAAUCCCAAAGAAGAAAUGCUUGAUUUGCCCCCAGUUGUGCACUUGCAAAACCACGUCAUAGUGAGGUUGCACAACCGCAAUGUUCUGUCAUACUCGAAUGAUAACCAUUACAUAGGAAUAAAAAUGAUGUGUGCUCAUCAUAAAAAGACUGAAAUGUAAAAACUUAAAAAUGAAAUGAACACUUAAGUAAGCCCCCACUGCUAAUACCGCUAGAAUUUUCAUCUACUUCCUUCUGCUCUUUUAUUUCCCGUGUAGUUAGAAAUUCAAUAUAUGUAACAACACUUUUGGACAUUGAUUUUUCUCAUUUAGCACUAUGGAAUGAGCACUUCAUUCACUUUAAAUGCUAAAUGAGAUUUCCCUUCCUGUAUCUUACUGCCAUGCCAAUGUAUAACAACAUUCCUGAAUUUCCUUAAUAAUAGGGAACUAAAGUUAUACAAUUUGAAAUUUUCAAUCCAGAAGGUGAAAAAUUAAAGAGCAAAAUGAAACUGGAGGACCCCUCCAUUGAGUAAAUAAAAUUACAAGUCAACAAUAAUCAUUAGAAUAUCUGAUAUUCUGCAUUUGAAAUGAGAAUGGGAUUAAGACUUGCAUAUCCUGGAGGAAGAGCAAGACCAAGCAAAGGAAUACAUAGUAUUGCAUUUUUCUCUUGAUUUUGUUUUAUUUUUAUUUUUUUAUCCUUAUGGUACCUGCAGCUUGGAGAGCUGGUGUGUCACAUCUCAUUGCUGGUUGACUACGAGAUUGAAAUACACACUCCUUUACAGAUGUCUAGCUCAGACAUUCCUGUUCUUAAAAUGUUGCCUUGCAAACAGAGUCCUUAUCAAGGGCUUCUCUGUUACAGUCACCUUAUGCUAGCCACGUACAGUCCUUAUUUGUGCGAAUUUCGAAAUGCAAAUGGAUUCCUGGGCUCUGUGCAUUCAGUCUCCAUUUCAGCCACCCUGAAGGAGCCUGCCUGUGUCUCAGCAUCUCCUAUCAGCACCUGGAUAGACCACCUCUCUCCCAAGGGAGCUUGCCAUUCUAUUUUUUUUUCUUCUUCUACAUUUAAUUCUCUUUGAUUUCCAUGGUGGUUAUGUACACAUCUAAAGAAAGCUUAC